CUUGUUUGUUCAGUAUUAAGUUUAGAUUUACAUCACAAAUCAUUAUCAUCUAUUUCGGUCAUAAAGAAACGUUGUGCCGGAGUUUCUUGUCGGCCGGAUCUCAUGUCCUCCUCGUACGCGUCGAACUACUCCAGAUUGAUCUCUCUGACUAAACAGUUAACCUCUUACGUGAAUCAAGGUCACCAUGUUCAAGCUCUCGCUCUCUUCCGCCAGAUGCGUUCUUCCGGUCUUCCUCUCGAUGCUUUCGUCUUCUCUCUCGUCCUCAAGUCGUGCGCCACCGUUGGACAUCCUGUUCUCGGUGUCUCCGUCCAUGCCCACGCCGUCAAAUCGGCUUUUCUUGCCAACCCUUUUGUCGGAUGCGCGCUUGUGGACGUGUACGGUAAAUGCUUGUCCCUUUCCUGCGCUAGAAAACUGUUUGACGAAAUUCCUCAGCGAAAUGCGGUUGUGUGGAAUGCUAUGAUUUCUCACUACACGCACUGCGGGAAGAUCCGUGAGGCGAUGGAGUUGUUCGGAGCUAUGGAUGUUAUGCCAACUGAGUCGUCUUUCAAUGCUAUCAUACUUGGUUUGGCCGGUAUGGAAGAUGGGUCAUACAAGGCAAUCGAGUUCUACCGGAAAAUGGUAAACUUUAGAUUUAGGCCGAAUUUGAUUACCCUUCUUGCCCUUUUACCCGCUUGUUCUGGCAUUGGUGCAUUUGGCUUGAUAAAGGAGAUUCAUUCUUACGCCUUUAGGAAUCAAAUAGAGACGCACCUUCAAUUGAGAAGCGGGUUAGUGGAGGCCUAUGGGCGGAGUGGAUGCGUUCUCUAUGCGGAUUCCGUGUUUCAGAGCAUGUCUGAGAAGGACGUGAUCGCUUGGAGCAGUUUGAUAUCAGCAUACGCACUUCACGGGGAUGCCGAGGCCGCCCUGAAAACAUUUCGAGAAAUGGAAUCGACCAAAGUAACCCCCGAUGACAUCACGUUUCUGGCAGUGCUUAAGGCUUGCAGUCACGCAGGGCUUGCAGAUGAAGCGCUGGUUUACUUCCGGAGAAUGCAAGAGGAAUAUGGUUUGCGCCCGAGCAGAGACCAUUACUCGUGUCUGGUGGAUGGUCUGAGCCGAGCAGGCCGGUUAGAAGAGGCCCACAAAGUGAUAGAAUCGAUGCCCGAGAAGCCAACGGCCAAAACUUGGGGUGCAUUGCUCGGGGCUUGUUCUAUCUAUGACGAGGUUGAGCUUGCGGAAAUUGCAGCGAGAGAACUGUUUGAGAUAGAACCCGAGAAUCCGGCCAACUAUGUGCUAUUGGGGAAGAUAUAUAUGAGCAUAGGAAGGCAAGAAGAAGCGCUGAGACUUAGAAGGGAAAUGAAGGAAAGAGGAGUGAAGUUAGCACCUGGUAGUAGUUGGUACAUGUUUCAAGAUUAAUACGCAUCCAUGAAGUUGUUUGCAAUCAAGAUUGUGAUUCUUGAAUAUCCUUUAGAGCCAAGUAAAUUCUAUGAGAAAGUAACCAUAUUAUCUUAGUUUAA